UUUGUCGAUAUAUGUCGGAAAACAAUGGAUGUGGCCUGACUUGUGUGGCUUCUUUGUGUCCACAGACUUGUGGCAAAUGUUCUCUGACUUGCUAUGAGUGUGCAAGUGUUGACCUUCCAGGCAAUUGCAGAAACAGAAUAACGUGCAAUGGAAAUGAGGAAAGUUGUAUAGCUGUAGAAAGUCAUGAAGUUAAUUUCAAAGAAGGAUAUAGAUUAGGAUGUGUUGCUAAACAGAAUUGCAGGAAUUUACUAGCAAUGAAAUUAGAUGGAGUGUGCUGCGAUAGCGAUUUUUGCAACGGGAAUCAUGUUCCACCGACAACUCUUAUUCCAUCAACAACACAGGUCCCGUCAACAACUCCAAGUCUAUCAAGUACAACUGUACACAGAACAACUGCAUCAGUACAUGCACAUAAUCAUCUUGGUCUCCCAACAGACUGUACACCUAACCUUGAAUACACCUGUCCGUACCAAUUUACACGUAUAGGAGAAAGCUGUUACUAUUUUGGUCGUCACGGAAGAACAAUGGAAGAUGCAAGUAAAGAGUGUUUAGGAUUGUGUAGCAGACUAGCCAUAAUUAGUAGCCAAAAUGAAAAUCUUAUGAUAACCCAGCUCCUAAACCAGCACCAGCAACCACAUACGGCGAAUCGUUAUUGGCUUGACGCUUAUAGGAAUUCGUCAAGUUUCAGCGGACCGUGGCACUGGAUGAGCACUGGUGAACUUUUAGGUAAACAUGUGUACUCACAUUGGAGGCCUGGAUCACAUAGUCACAUAAAACCUGAUGGCGAACACUGUGCUAGCAUAGGAAAGGCAGAAUCAAGUGACCCAGAAAAUGGGUACUUUUGGGACCAUAGAAGCUGUAAAGUUCACUCGCCUGCGCUCUGUGAAUAUCCAGUAGGACAUAAACCCUGAAAUAAUAAAAUAUUUGAAUA